AUGUCUGUUCUCCAGUCCAAAGCUGCUCAGGCGAGCAGUGGCAGCAGCAAUGCGCAGGAAAGGUUACCCACCUACGAGGAGACCCCUCAGGUAGUGGUUUCGGACGACCUUCGCGACACCACUGCGCUGCCCGAACAACCAGGGCUAGGCGCCGAGGACGAUGUUCCACCAGCUUACAGCGAGGUCCACGACCGCCUCUCUCUCCACCAAGCCGGUUUCGAUGCUGGCGCCUCUGUUACUGACGAUGGCCGAGUCGACAUCAACAUCAACCAGACGAGCAGGCAGCUAGCCGAUAUUAUCGCACCGACACUGCGCAACCAGCUGACCCAGGACGCCAGAAUCGCCGCUCAGGCCCCAUUACCGCCCGCCUACAUCCCGCCCAGUCUCGGUGGCCAACCUGGACAGACGCCCCCGCCUCAGCUCAAUGUGGUUAUACAGAUUGUCGGGUCGCGGGGAGAUGUGCAACCCUUUAUUGCGUUGGGUCAGGUGCUCAAGAAUACCUAUGGACACCGAGUGCGAAUAGCGACACAUUCUACAUUUCAAAAGUUUGUGGAAGAGAAUGGCCUGGAGUUCUUCAAUAUAGGAGGAGACCCUGCCGAGCUUAUGGCAUUCAUGGUGAAAAACCCGGGCUUGAUGCCUGGAUUUGACGCUGUGAAGAGCGGCGAGAUCACCAAGCGCCGCAAGGGGAUCGAGGAGAUUGUCUGGGGCUGUUGGAGAUCUUGCAUUGAAGCAGGCGACGGUCUGGGACCUGCGCCGCGCCUUGAGCGCAGGCAGAAUGCCGCGAGCAGUACAGAAGCCAUGGUCAUGGAUCCCGCCCAUAAGCCGUUCGUCGCCGACGCCAUCAUUGCUAACCCGCCAAGUUUUGCCCAUAUCCACAUUGCCGAGAAACUUGGUGUGCCGGUUCACCUCAUGUUCACCAUGCCGUGGUCGCCCACGAGAGCGUUCCCCCAGCCGUUAGCCAACAUUCAGUCUUCCAACACUGACCCGGUGACCACCAAUUAUGUCUCGUAUGCGCUGGUGGAAAUGAUGACGUGGCAAGGUUUAGGCGAUGUCAUUAACCGGUUCCGAACCAAGGUUCUCGAUCUGGAUCCCCUCUCUCUACUAUGGGCGCCUGGUGUUUUGACACGUUUGCGCAUCCCGUACACUUACUGCUGGUCUCCAGCUUUGAUACCAAAGCCCAAUGAUUGGGGGCAGCACAUCGACAUCGCAGGCUUUUAUUUUCUCAAUCUGGCAUCGAACUACACGCCUGAGCCUGAGCUUGCCGCUUUUCUCGAGGCCGGACCACCCCCGGUCUACAUUGGAUUUGGGUCUAUCGUUGUUGAUGACCCCAAUGGCUUAACCAAAAAGAUCUUUGAAGCAGUGGCGGCGACAGGAACGCGAGCACUGGUUUCCAAGGGCUGGGGAGGCCUCGGAGCUGACUCAAUGGGAAUCCCAGAUGGUGUCUUCAUGCUUGGCAACUGCCCUCACGACUGGCUUUUCCAACAUGUAUCGGCGGUCUGCCACCACGGAGGUGCUGGCACGACUGCUGCCGGAAUUAAUGCCGGAAAGCCGACGAUUGUCGUACCAUUCUUUGGCGACCAACCCUUCUGGGGUGCCAUGGUUGCGCGAGCUGGUGCUGGACCUGACCCGAUUCCCUACAAGCAGCUUACCGCGGAAAACCUCGCUGAAGCCAUCAAGGUAGCGUUGAAACCCGAAACACAAGAGCGGGCACGUGAGCUUGGAGCAAAGAUUCGGGAAGAGAAAGGUGCAGAUGUAGGUGGGCAGAGCUUCCACCAACAUCUUGACGUGGACAAGCUUCGUUGUACAGUGGCCCCUAGCCGGGUCGCCGUCUGGCGGGUACGACGAUCAAAGGUGCAAUUAAGUGCUCUGGCUGCAGCCUCGCUGGUAGAUGGUGGAUUCCUGCAAUACUCGGACUUGAAGCUCUUCCGUGCCAAGGAAUACAGUACGGAAGACGAACCCUGGGACCCGGUAUCAGCUGUCACAUCUGCACUUAUCGGCGAUCUUGGCAGCAUUGGAAUGGCUAUAGCCGACUUCCCCAGGGACGUGUUCAAGGCUGCGAGGGGGCCGAAGAAACCCCAAGAGUCCUCUGAGACAUUGACGGAUGAUCCAAAUGCCAAACCGCCUUCCUCUGCUGACGCAGCUGCUGGGGCUAGUGCAGAUGCCUCCGUGUCCGGAAACGAAAAAGGGAUGCCAGGCACCCCCAGGGAUGGUUCUGAAGCCCAGCCAGGUGCAAUCGCAACAAACGAGAGUACAACAAGUCUAGCGCCAUCGACCUCUGCGGCUUCAGCGGCAUCCGCGGCGUCAGGUACGCCAUCAGAACGUCCUUCAACUCCAAGUCGAGUACGCUCCGAAUCUUCAACAUCACAGAGGCAAGGAACUGCGUCUCCAGUAAACCUCAAUGAGAACCUGGAGCGAGCCCUCGGUGCUGGAAAGAGCAUCAACAACAUUGUCACUACUGGAGUGAAAACGCCCAUGAACUUCUGUCUUGGGCUGGCAAGAGGGUUUCGAAACGCUCCAAAACUCUACAAUGAUGAUACCGUUCGUAAGCCUGAAAAAGUAACCAGUUUCGAGAGCGGAUUAAAGGUCGCCGGCAAGGAGUUCGGACUCGGCAUGUAUGAUGGUAUAUCUGGCCUGGUCACACAGCCCAUGCGAGGCGCGCAGAAGGAGGGCGCAAUGGGCUUCUUGAAAGGAAUAGGCAAGGGUAUUGGUGGAGUGGUGUUCAAGCCUGCUGCUGCCGCCUGGUCUGUACCAGCCUAUACAAUGGCCGGUCUCCAUGCAGAGAUUCGGAGUUUGUUUGCCCAGAGCGCCGAGAAUUACAUUGUCGCAUCUCGCAUUUCACAGGGGAACGAAUCCCUCAAGGGUGCCUCAUCCGAGGAACGCGAGGACAUUGAGGUUCGCUGGCUGUCAAUGAGAAAUGAGGUGAAAGGUUUUUACGCCUGGAAGGCAAAAGAGAAAGGCAAGUCCAGAGAUACUUCUCCUAUGGCUGGCCCCGCUCGUACUCCUGCACCGCCUUCAAGCGGUUCGCUUGAUCCGAAUGAACCUCCCAAGACAGGAUGGCGUCACACAAAAAAUCUAUCAUACGACGAGAGAAAGCAGCUUUCGGAGCAAAAGAAGGCCUGGAAGAAGAGACAAGCAGCGUCAGGGGCUCAUGUCACCGAAGAUAUCUCAGCUGCCAAUCCACGCGCGUCGAGUGGAACGGAUCCAGAGUUCGAACAGGCCAUUCAAGCUGCUGUCCAGGAGACCUCUAGGGGAGAUUCAGUUGAAGAUGCCAGAGUUGAACAGGCGAUUCGCUCGAGUAUUAGAGAACUCCGCAGGAGGUCGACUACAUCUCUAGAUUCUAGUACCUCUGGCCAGUCGGCAGGUCUAUCCACCGCUCGCUCUAGUGGAAACCCUGGCCAGUCUACAAGUGCAACUUCACCUGGAUCUGCUCAUAAUCCUACCUCACCUCAUUACGGAUUCCCCUCCGAGACCAAGAGACAGGUUCCCUUCUCCCCGGAUGACUUUGACAACAUUACCGACGAAGAAUACCAGGCUUUGAUCGAACAGGCUAUCCAACUUAGUGUAGCGGAAGAGCAACAGAAAGCAAUCCGUAUGCAUGACGUUGAGGAAGAGGACGAGGAGCAAGAACAAUACCGGAAAGCCCUUGAAAGAUCCCAGACAGACCAUGCAUCUCUUUCGCAACACGACGAAGAAUUCAAAAGAGCCAUGCAAGCGUCCGAGGCCGAGCAGGCCCGACGUGUGCAACAUGGACUCGAUGGACAGGACGACGACGAGCAGCUUAAACAGGCAAUUGAGGCUUCGCGAACCCAGCAAGGAGUGCAUCCGGGUUCAAAUGACGACGACGAUGAGCUGAAACGUGCCAUAGAAGAGUCAGAGCGCGCACACCGAGAAGAGCAGUCACGAGUCUCGGCACAGAAGACAGAAGAAGAGAUGGUAUUAGAGUAUAUCAAGAAACAAAGCCUUGCAGAGGAGGAAUUGAGACGGAAAGGGAAGGGCACAGCGACUGGGCAAGAUGACGACGACGAGGAUCUUCGACGGGCCAUUGCGGAGAGUAUGAGGGCCACUGGUCAGGUAGGAGAAGGAUCCGGGUCAGGAUCUGGGAGCCAAGACGCGGCUGAUGCCUCGCGAAAACGUCUAAGUGAAUUGCCAGGCUAG